AUGGCGCAACCUCCCAAGCCACUGUCAAAAGAUUAUGCUAACUACGAAACGUCUCAAAUAACGGCAGCGUAUCCAAUGACUGGUGUACCUGUAAACUCUGGUUAUGUGUAUACCUCUAGCGUUUCUUCUAGUAAACCGACUCAACCCGUAGCAGUUUAUCCGACUCAUCCGCAAGUAACAUCCAAUCAUGUGUACGCCUCUAGCGUUUCUUCCAAUAAACCGACUCAACCCGUAGCAGUUUAUUCGACUCAGCCCGUAGCGGCUUAUCCAACUCAGCCCGUAUCAGCUUAUCCGACUCAACCGCAGGUGCCGGUUGUUCCUCCUGCAUAUAACAAUGUCAAUCCUAACAUCCGGGGAGCAGUUAAUCCUACGCCAAGGCCACCAUACGUGAUUGUAACAAGAAGGGAUGGAUGCGGAUGUAAUUGGGAAGUUUCUGUCACAGUAGUGGCUGUUUUGUUGAUGUUGGUCGGAAGUAUAAUGUUAGGCGUUGGGCUAUCGAAUUGCGCUUACGUUUGUUAUGUGGAGGACUAUGACUUGUAUGUUGCUGGUGCUGCACUCCUGGCUAUAGGAAUUGUCACGGCUAUAUGUAUUUUAGUCGCAUUUUUGGCUCGUCGCAGUCGGGCACCUACCACGACUGUGCAUUCUAUUCAACCGACCAUGCAAUCGUUCCAGCACUAUUAA